AUGGUGAGGUCGAGCAAAUCCAAGACCGCCGAUCGCAUAGGCAAGGGUAAAGUCACUCCGAUGCAGGUCGCUUACCUCGUCGAUCGUUACCUUUGCGAUAACCGAUUCUUAGAAACCCGAUCCCUCUUCAGAUCCGAAGCUUCCUCUCUCAUCUCCAAAUCCCCAAUUCGUGAGGUUCCGUACAGUUUGAUACCUCUGGAUGACAUUUUGAACGAAUACAUAUCUCUCAAGGAGCAGAAAGUGGCGGUGGAUCAGGAGAAAGUCAGACUCGAUCAGGAGAAAACUCGCGUUCAAAACCUCUUGCACGGGAUGCAGAACGUGAUGAACGUUUACAACUCCACCGCUGCCGCAGCUCCUCCUCCUCUUCCGGCGAUCCCGUCUUCAGCUCCGGCAGCUAUCCAAGCGGUUGCCUCUACUUCUCAACUGAACAACUCCGGCGUCUCUCCUUCAGGUGUCACAGCUAAUCUUAUGGCAGCAUCAUUGCCAGGUAACAAAAGAGUUGGGAAUUUCACAGCACCAUCUAUAACCAAGAAGCGAAAGAUUCCUGAGGUUUCCUCUGUAGGAGCUUCUUCCGUCUCCAAGAAAGGGAUGAAAACGAUUCCACGAGCUGAUAAAGCCGUUAACUACUUGACGUUUCAAGCAUCAUCACAAGCGCCGGUGAAUAACAGCAGUGUAGUAGCUAAUGAGUCGUCUGAUCUUACUGCAUCAACUGUGGCCAAGUGUUUGUUCAACGGAUCGGACUUGUCGCCUCCGAGCAACUCAGCUUGUGUUAAGACGCCGGAAAAGCAAGUAUCUCCUCAGCAGCAAGAAGUGACGCCUACAAACUGCACAGUUGUUACUAAAGAGAGAAUCACAGUCAGUCCUCACAAACAGAUUGGUUCUUAUACAGUGGAAAGAAGCCAUAUGGUUUCUUCUUUCUCGCCGAGUAAAAGAAAUCACGUUAAAGGAAGACUCAACUUCGAUGACACUGAAGCUACAAUGCACUUUGAUGCACCUCUCAAUGGAGAUAACUUGGUCUCAGCUUCUUCAUCUGGCUCUGAAGCAGAAACUGAUUUGUUCGACUUAGAUUUCUCCAAUAUUGAUCUUCUGAGUGAGAACUUUCCGUUUUCGGAGCUGCUUUUCGAUUUCGAUCUUGGUUGUGAAGGAAUGACAGAUCCUUGCCUGCCACAAUCAAACUUUCACAUAGAGACUGCUUCAGGGUCGUCUCCUGAAUCAAUGAGCGGGAAUCUAGUGCCUGACCAGGUCAUGUCAGAGUAUACGUCAACAGUUACAGAAAUGAUUCAAGGAAAAGACAUCAACACACAAGGAUCAGACUCCAUGACUACUCUAAAGUCCAUAACAAAAUGCUUACGAAUCUUAAGUCCUGCCAAGAAUUGUCGACAGAGGAGUCAAAACUGA